GGCCCCUCCCAGCUUCACUUAUUUAUAAACCGGCAGGCGGCAGUGGGUGGCGGGCGCCUCGCGCCGACGGCCCCGAGGACGUCACCGACGUGGGUCGAGCUUCCACCCCGCCCCCGGCGCGCCUUCCCUUCUCGGCUACACGGCCGCCCGGCACCCCGACACGCUCAGACACGCGCUCAGCCCGCCCGGCCCCGAAGAUGGCCGCCUUCAAAUUCCUCUCCCCGGGGCUGCGGCUCUGCGCCUCCGUCCGCGGCUCCAGGGGCGCCUGGUCCCAGGGAUGUGUUUGCUACUUUUCUACUAGUACUCAUCGCCAUACAAAAUUUUAUACAGAUCCAGUGGAAGCUGUAAAAGACAUCUCCGAUGGUGCAAGGAUUCUGGUUGGUGGUUUUGGCCUGUGUGGAAUUCCAGAGAAUCUUAUAGGAGCUUUACUAAAGACUGGAGUAAAAGGACUAACUGCAGUUAGCAACAAUGCUGGGGUUGACAACUUUGGCUUGGGCCUUUUACUUCAGUCCAAGCAGAUAAAACGUAUGAUCUCUUCCUAUGUGGGAGAAAAUGCGGAAUUUGAACGACAGUACUUAGCUGGUGAAUUAGAAGUAGAGCUGACACCUCAGGGCACACUUGCAGAGAGGAUUCGUGCAGGCGGGGCUGGAGUUCCUGCGUUUUACACCAGCACAGGGUAUGGGACCCUGGUACAAGAAGGGGGAGCGCCCAUCAAAUACAACAAAGACGGCAGCGUUGCCAUUGCCAGUAAGCCAAGAGAGGUGAGGGAGUUCAAUGGCCAGCACUUUAUACUGGAAGAAGCGAUUACAGGGGAUUUUGCUUUGGUGAAAGCCUGGAAGGCAGACCGAGCAGGAAAUGUGAUUUUCAGGAAAAGUGCAAGAAAUUUCAAUUUGCCGAUGUGCAAAGCUGCGGAAGUAACAGUGGUAGAGGUUGAAGAAAUUGUGGAUAUUGGCACAUUUGCUCCAGAAGACAUUCAUAUUCCUCAGAUUUAUGUACAUCGCCUUAUAAAGGGAGAAAAAUAUGAGAAAAGAAUCGAGCGUUUAUCAAUCCGGAAAGAUGGAGAUGGAAAAGCCAAAUCUGGGAAGCCUGGAGGUGAUGUAAGGGAACGUAUCAUCAAGCGGGCAGCUCUUGAGUUUGAGGAUGGCAUGUAUGCUAAUUUGGGCAUAGGAAUCCCUCUUCUGGCCAGCAAUUUUAUUAGCCCAGAUAUGACUGUUCAUCUUCAAAGUGAAAAUGGAGUCCUGGGUUUGGGUCCAUAUCCACUACAACAUGAAGCUGAUGCAGAUCUAAUUAAUGCAGGCAAGGAAACAGUUACUAUUCUUCCAGGAGCCUCUUUUUUCUCCAGCGAUGAAUCAUUUGCAAUGAUUAGAGGAGGACAUGUCAAUCUCACAAUGCUAGGAGCAAUGCAGGUUUCCAAAUAUGGUGACCUGGCUAACUGGAUGAUUCCUGGGAAGAUGGUGAAAGGAAUGGGUGGUGCUAUGGAUUUAGUGUCCAGUUCCAAAACCAAAGUGGUUGUCACCAUGGAGCAUUCUGCAAAGGGAAAUGCACAUAAAAUCAUGGAUAAAUGUACAUUACCACUGACUGGAAAGCAAUGUGUCAACCGCAUUAUUACUGAAAAGGCUGUGUUCGAUGUGGACAAGAAGAAAGGGCUAACUCUGAUUGAGCUCUGGGAAGGCCUGACAGUGGAGGACAUACAGAGGAGCACAGGGUGUGAUUUUGCAGUUUCACCAGAACUCAUGCCUAUGAAGCAGAUAGCCAACUAAAAUAUGGACAUUUGUCCCAGGCUGCGUGUUUUUCAUUUCAAGCCCAUUGAAUUUAAGUGAAAGGACAUCGGUCAUCAUAACUGUAUACUUAACAAACUGUACUUGAUUAGUUUGCUUGUAGUAUUUCGGGCUUUAUUCGGCCAUAUAGACUUGGUUCUCUCAAGAGUACUUGGUAGACAUUUUAGUGAAAAACAAAAGGAAAGCAUUUAUGAUU